UUUUUUUUUCAAAACUUUUCAUUAUGUAGUAUAUGUACUUUUAGUAAGUCAUAUCUUCCACAUCAAACACAAAAAUAAAAACAAAAAACACAAAAGUACAUUUUCUUGGAUAUUCCCUGCCCAUAUCAGAGGAAUGGAAGAGAGCGGAUUGAACGCUGAUAGAGAUGACCAUAUACCGGAAAUCCACAGUCUGCCCAUCUAUCCAAAGCCAUUGGCUACUCGUGAUGUCAGCCAUAAGGUCGAUGAGAAUGGUUUUAGUAUAACUGAAAAGGCUGCCCUGCGUAAUGCCUGGAGGUUCGUAGAGCCCUUUGUGCGACGCUAUGGCAAGGAUAACUUCUAUACUUUUCUGACCACCAACGAUCAUCUGAUCAAUGUAUUUCGAUAUUAUAAUACCAUCCAAUUGGGUAAACUUCAUUCUCAUGCCUUGACCAUGAUGAAAUUGCUGACCAGGCUGAUACAAAAUAUUGACAAUAAUAUUGAAUUUCGUCUGGCACUAGAGGAGAAUCUGCCACGACAUAUGAAAGCCGGAGUCGAGAAGCAUUACAUGAGAAUGUUGGCCAAUGCCAUCAAGGACUAUCUACUAGCCUGUCCGCAGUUGUGUAAUCACAACUCACCCACUCUAACAAGGGCUAUGGAGCGUCUGGUGACCAUUGUCGGUGAGCAUGCGCACACUGAAGAGGUUCGUAAGCGUGCCAUGUCUUUUGCCUAUAUGAGCUGGCAGAGAGGAUCGGAAGUAGGGGAUAUGUACAAUACGAAAAGAAGUACAGUAUUCCUCACCCCCGACAAAUAGUUCGUGAUACUUAGAUUCUACAUAUGUAUGUAUAUUAAUAUAACUGUAUUAAAAACCGCAGUGAUUUAUUACGAAAAA